GUUUUCAGAUAUGGAGGAAAACGAUGAAGACGAAGUGUUUGCCAAAUAUUAUGCGGCAAAAAAGCAGUUCAAAAAAGUCAAACGAAAUCUCACAUUUAAUGAGAGAAUAGCUCAGAUGGGAGGAGAUAAUGGUCGAUUUUCGAGAAAACUAGCUGCGGAGACAUCUUUCGAGACUUAUUUCGAAAAUGCCAUCGAUUCUUGGCGAGGAGAAGAUCAGGGACCCGAUCUUGAGGAAUUUGUGAUGGCCAUUCAAGUAAACGAAAUCAAGACGUAUGCUCAGCUGCUCCACAAAUCGGACGACAUUUUCAACGUACUCUGCGAGCACAUCACAAAACCUGGUUCCCGCUCCACCCCUGCGCUAUGUGGCAUUCUUGCUGCAUUGACUCGAGAUCUUCGGGAAAAGUUCAACAAACACUGUUGGAAAACUAUUGAAAUUCUUGUGAACAUCCUUGAUCUCGGAGAAAGAGUAGCCGAGAACAUGGAAGCUGCAUAUCUCUGCUUUUCUAUUCUUGUUAAAAUGCAAGCCAGUUUUCUUUCAAAGCAAUUGAAGAAAACUUUCAAUAAUUUGCUUCCAUUGUUCGCCAGCAGUCGUGACUUUGUCCGGAGAUUUGCCGCAGAAGCAUUUGCAUAUUUGCUUAGAAAAACCUCGGAUCUUCGAUCAAUUUCUGGUUUUGUUAUGAAGCAAGCUUUCAAAACUCCUCACAAUUACCUUUCUGACGGAUGUGCUCUUCUUUUCUACAAUACAUUCAUUGGAAUCGCCGGAACUUUCCAUAGCAAUUGUGAUCAGAUAUUCAGGGAUAUCGUCUACGCAGUAGUUCACGCAAAAGCUGAAAAAGGAGCGAAUUCAGAAGAAUUCCAUGAGUUUUGUAUCAAAAUUCUAAUCCAGAUGGUUGGAUACACAAUUGAUUAUGCAAAAGACUCAACCUAUGAACAACGAUUCUUCUAUCAGAAUGUUUUGACGAAAAUGCUUGGAGAAUCGAAAAAUAUAAGUGAAGCAAUCAGUCUGAUGCGUCUAUUACAACCCUGCAUUGUUUUGAAAAACGAAAAUCUGAUGAACGAAGUCACAAAAAAGAAGAAGAAAAAGGAGAAGGAAAAUAAAAAGAAUAAGGGAAAAAAGGAAAUAAAAAGAGAAGAGAAAGUCGAAUUUAUUUGUGUUCCCGAACUGAAGGAAAGCUUGGAAAAUAUCGUUAAAAUUCAAGAUUUUGAGUUGGAGCAGCAUGCAGUCGAUUUCUUUAGUGAAACUCUUCUAACCAUUUUCAACGACGACAAAAAUCGAUUGUUCUCAAGGGAUAUUACACUGAAGAUCGUGGAGAAAUCAAAAAAUUACCAAAUCGUCAUCGAAUUACUUCUGAAAACAAUCAGCUUGGAAUCUUUUGAUUUAUAUAUGAUGCCAGCUCUUGGAAAAAUUGCUGCCGAAAUUGUCAAAGAAAGCUCGCCAAACAAUUCACUUAUUAAGCAAAUUGUCAGUUUUUAUUCGAUUUUAUGCUCAAAAAGGCGGCCGAUCAGAGAUACUAUCAAUACUGAAACUCUAUCUAAUUUCUUCGAUCUAUCAAAUCACUACAUCUUCAGAGAUUGGCUUGUCAGUAACUUCAAAGACGAAAAUCGAAAUAGGCACUCUGAUGAGACACUUAUCGACAUGGUUGUUGCGUGGCCUUGGCUUUUUGCUCAAGUUGGAGCUGUCAAAGGAUCUGAAGACGUUUUGGAAAUCCUCGAGAAGAGCUUGAAAUCGUCUGAUUCUAGCAUUUAUAACAGUCAACUUGUAUUUGCAUGCACGGCUGGACUUUUCCUGGUUAACAAAGACUUGCUGAAUAAGAUCGCAAAAGAAGAUGUUGAAAAAUUCUUAGAUCGUCAGAAUUGUUCUGAAUCUUCUCUCUUGGCAUUCGAAAUGUUCGUUUCGGUGUAUGGUGUCUCCAAAGAUGUCAAAUAUAUGAAUCGUGUCGUUGAUCUCCUGUUCCCCGCCGUAUUAAGCUCGAAUGGACAAGUUCGAAAAACUGCUUUCAAAAUUCUGAGCAAUUUUGAGAUACCUUUACCAAAAAUAGAGGAUGACGAGCAGAAUGUGCGUCAACAGAAUAAAUCAGUUUUCGAAGUGUUGUAUGAUGCAGAGGACAGUGAGUUGACAAACUUCAGAGAACGUCUCCUUCAUCUUCGAAAACUGCGUCAUGGAGAUCACAAGGAAUUUAUUCCUGUCGGAGCAACAGAUAAAGUUGAAAUGAUGAUCGUUGCCGAGCUAGCUUCGCAGUUCUUUGUUGGUUUUUCACCACUCUGGAAAGGAAUCUACGAAGUAUUGACAACAUUCGCGAAUGAGAUGAAUAUUGAUACAUUCUGGAAAGUAUUAGGGGAAUGGUUGAAUAAUGUUAAUGAAAACAUUAAGAAAGGCGAUUUGGAAGCUGAAAGUGGACGUUUGGUUGGCAUUGAUCAAAUGAAUCGAUCCGACUUUGUGAAUGCUAGAAUUCAGCUUUUCACUUUCUUCGAAACUAUUCCAGAUGUUGCUGAACGAAGAACACGUGUUAUCAGUCCACUUCUCCUGGGUCUUUAUGAUGACUAUGUUCGCCUGACAUCUUCCAACUUUGUUUCUCAUAUACCAAUUGCUGCUGAAGAAGACGAAAAAGAUGAUGAGAAAAAUGAAGACGUAGAAGAAGAAGAAGGCGAAGACGUUCAAAUUACUCCAGAAAAUACAAACCCUAGACAAGAGACAACAUUUAUCAUCAAAUCAUUAUGCGCUUUAUUGAAUGUGUAUUCUAAAUUCAAUGCAGCUAAAUCGGUUUAUCUUGAGCCGAAGAUUCUGGUAAUGUAUGAAGAACUUCUUGGAUCGAAAUUCGAAGGAGUACAGAAAGCUGCACUUGCGUGUAUUUUCUCCUACAGAAACACGAUUCUUGCAAAUUACCGCGAAAAUCUGGAGGCAUUAAUCGAUGAGAAGACUUUGAGGCAGACACUCCCUCAUUUCAAACUUUCUGAUGAUGAAGGAGAUGCUCAAGUUGUCGAUGAGCAUCGAGCGAUUGUUGUUCCAGUUUUAUUGAGAUUAUUAAAUGGAAAAUUACUCAUCAACAAUAAGCAGGCAGGAAUGAUCUCCCGAAGAAACGGAAUUAUUUAUAUAAUUGGUGGUUGUCGAAGUGAAGAACUGACAUUUUUCCUUCGUUUGUUCUUUGCACAAGUCUACAAAGUUUUUGGCCAGGAUGACACAUUUGAAGAAAUCGAGGAAAAGUGCUCAAAGGAUUCAACAAUUUCCAACCUCAACCUGAAAGUGUUCCAGAACGUUCUUCAUGGCCUUUCUGAAAUGCUCAAAAAGAUUGCGAGAUCAAUGACGGAAAAUGAACAGAAGAUGAUCAUGCAAUUAGUUCUUACGUGUGCAAUUGUGUGCAAAUAUGCGAAAAAAGCUGAAAUGAAUGCGGAUCUGGUGAAAUCAUUGAGAAUGAAUGUUUGCGAACGACUGGCUGAGAUAUUUCACGCGUUCCCAGAUCGACAAAUCGGCAAAGACGAAAUGCUUGUUAUCAAAAAUGUUCUUCUAAAUCAAUACGUCGAGGAAACUCCCCUCAUCAGUGUCAUUCAAAGAUCAGAAACCAAUAUUCCAAUUGCCCCAUUUGCAAUUGUCAAACUUCUUGCUUCAAUUUGUCGAAUUCCAUCGUUUUAUCAAAUGCUGACGGUCACAAUUAAUUGGAGAAUUAAAGAGCAAAAAGACGUAUUAUUGAAAUGUGAUGCUCUUGAUCUUCUUCUGGCACCACUUCUAUGGCCAGGUUGCUAUGAUUUAAUGUUCAAAACUAUUCGGAACGGAAUUUUGAAGCUUUCGGAACUUGCCGACGAACCGAUGAUUUCGAUUUAUGAUCUUGUUGAUUGUCAGAAAGUUGAACAGAAAAAGAGAGUCAGCUUUGGAACAUCGCUUCUUACUCGAAAAAUGAGGAUUAUUCUUGAAUUCCUUACAAAACAAAUUGAAAAAGAAGUUUCUGAAAAUAAGAGGCCUGCUCCAGAGAGCAUCAUUUUGCUCGAACGUUUCUCGGAUUUCGUGUCAGAAUCUGAUGAUGUGGCAAACCGCUUGGCAACUCCGUUGUUGAUUUGUGUGGAGAGAAAGAAAAGUAAUGAAGAUACUCUUGUGAAUAUGAUGAAAUCAUUGGCUAGAAUUGCACCACUUCUUAAGGAUCCUCAAUCAUAUUUCUGGAGACUUCCAAAGUUAUUUUCACGAAUGGAAGGAAGAACAUUAAGAGAUUCAUUGGUAACGAUGGUGGAAGGAUUUGUUAAAUCAAUGAAUCUAGAUGAGAAGACAAAAGAAAUUCUUCAUUAUCUAUGUGAACUCGAUGCAUGGGAUAAGACAAAAGUCGAUGAACCACACUUUGAGAGAAGAUACGCUGCAUACACUGAAUUGACAAAGAUCUGGAAUGGAGAUGUGGCAACUAAUCAUGAUGUUCUUGCAAUGAUUCUCAGUUCACAUUUCCAUCUAAUUUCAACGACAACUGAUCUCUCACUACGAAUGACUGCUGGAAAUAAUGUCAGAGCUAUGGUUCAGUAUGCUGGAAAAACGCUACCGAUAGCUGAAAAACGUAUUUUCCUUGAUAGUUAUUUGAAUCCAACUAUCAUCGCUUUCUUGAAACAUGAUGUAGAUGCUGUUCGGGAAGAAGCUUUGAAUACACUUGGAGUCAUGACAAAGGGAUUUAAAGAAAGUCAGCAUUUGGCCGAGUUAGAUGUAUUCUCCAAUGAAGAUGAAGAACACGACUUUUUGAAGAAUAUGAAUCACAUUCAGUUAUACAGAAGACAACGAGCUAUCCGUAAACUAGUGGAAUCUGUUGCAAGCGGAGAAAAGAAUAUUUCAUUUAAUGCGAUGAAUAAGUAUCUCGUCCCAAUGAUUCAUCCAUAUCUCGUCAAUUUCUCUGCCAAAUUCAAUGCAAUUUCCGAUGAAUCUCUUGGACUUCUGAAGUUGAUUAUGUCAAAGGCUCCAUGGGGAAAAUAUUGUUCCUAUUUGGAAAGUUGGUUGGCACGAGUUGAAAAGGCAACAGCUACAAAAGAUAAUGAAUUCACUGACAAGGCACUUGUUCGUAUCGUUGUUGCUGUUAUUGAAGCAUUUCAUUUUGGUGUUUCUUUAGAAGACGGAGAAAAAUUCGAAAUUAGUAAAAAUCAAGAAGAUGAGCAGGAUGUUUCGAAGAACGAGAAACACACUAUUUUGCAGAGAAUCAAUCGAGUUAUCCUUCCUCGUCUUUCCAAAAGUUUGGACUCACAGGCUCAAGCUGUUGAAAGAAAUGCAAGAAGUGCUGAAACUCACGCAACUGCUCUUCAUCUUGACAUUCAAAGAGCCCCGAUUGCGCUUGCCAUUGUGAAGCUUCUGCAGAAAUUGCCGGAUGCGGUGACUGGAAAGCAUCUUCAUGGAGUUAUUCUCAAAUUAUGUAAUCUUAUGAUGACUCAUUCGUAUGAUGUUCGUGAAACUGCAAGAAAGACGUUAGUUCAAAUUGUGAAAUGUUUGGGACCAAAGUAUUUGGCUUCUGUUAUUACCGAAAUUUCAUUGACCAUGACAAAAGGAUUCCAGGUUCAUGUUGCUAUUUUCUCAGUCCACACAUUGAUUGUUGCUAUGAGAGAAGUUACAAAAGGAGGAGAACUUGACACGGCUAUCAAUGUGAUUGUAAAAAUGUGCAUUCGAGAUCAGUUUGCUGCUGAAGACAAAGAAAACGGAGCCGUAAAAGCUGAAUGUCCUGAAGCGAAAGGAAAUCGUGCUCCAGAAAUGAUGCAGCAUCUUGGAAGAAUUGUAUCUCCAGCUGGUAUUCAAAUGGUUCUUGCACCAUUCCGCGAUGUUGUGAAUGAGCACCCAUCAGCUAAAGCUGUGCAAAGAGUUUCGGAUUUACUUUCAAAGUUUGCUGGAGGAUUGAAAGACAAUGAAUCACUUGAUCAUUCUCAAUUACUUGGCUACAUUUUCAAAUCACUAACGUCGGAUAUUCAAAAGUUAUUAGAAGUGGAAACAAAGAAUGGACAGAAAGACGAAAAGCAGAAGGGUCGUCGACCAGAAAGUUGUUUGAUUCUGCCAGCUGCUCCUCAGAGAAUCGGUGCAAUGUCAAAAGUUGUUAUCAGAAGUCGUGAUCACGUGUUCGCCGAGUUCUUUGUUUUGCUGUUUUCGUCACUCUUGAAGGAGAAGAAGUUCGAUUUGUCUGAUGAUUCAAUGGUCUCCCGUCUGAACCCAUUUGUUAAGAUCAUUCUGGAUUGCUUUGAUUUCAAAUAUGAAAAGUUGAUCUCAUGCUCAAUGCGUGCUCUGUCAUCAAUGAUUCAAAUGCAACUUCCAGCAAUCGCUUCAAAUUCACAGAGAGUCUCUGAUACAUUAUUCAUUCUUUUAAGUGAUUACUCAUCAAUCGGUCAAGCAGGCAACAAACCAGCAAUCAUUCAACUCAAUCAGCUCAUCUACAAAGGAUUCACUAAUCUGAUUGUAACUACUGGAAGUGAUUUUUUGGAUAACGACAAGUUGACAUUGUUGCUUGCGUAUGCUGAAGCUGAUGUAAUGGAUCAACACAAACAAGCUACUAUGUUUUCUUUAAUCAAAGCACUUGUUAAAAGAGGUGUUCGACAUGAAAGAUUGGGAGAAAUCAUGGAUCAUCUCUCUGAGACUGCAAUUCGAUCUCCACUUGUUAACAUCAGAUCUCAGUGUCGUGACACCCUUCUCGACUAUAUCGGAAGUGCUUCAGAUGCUGAGAAAAGUGUUGAGAAACACGUGGAAUUUUUCCUGGACCAACUGGAAUACGAAUAUGAAACUGGCCGGCAAAGUGCCGCUGAAAUGCUAGAGGCCUUGUUUAAAAAUCUUGUGGCGAAAUCUUUGGCACCGCUUCAUAUGUUAUUGGUUGUUAAAAUGGGAGCUGCAAUGAUGAAUGAAGAGUCACCGAAGGUUGCAAAUCACAUUGGAUUGGCGUUAAGGCAUCUUUUGGAGUCAGUUGGAGUUGCACAAAGACAAGAAACAUUUGAAGUUAUUUGUAAAUGGUUGAAAGCAGAAGACGAAAAUGCAAAGGCAGUUGGAAUUCAAACUGCUGUUCAGUUAAGUUAUGUUGAGAAAGAAGGAAUGGUUACGAGGAUCGAUGAAAUCGUGAAACAAGUUAAAGAAGUACUUUUCGAUGAUGCUGUUUUCGAGAAUAUGAGUGAAACAACCAUUACUGUUAUUCUAAACGGAUUCACUCGGAUCAUCUCCAACGUUGGUGCUUCCGCACUGACGAAGUUUGAUGCAGUUGACUUCAUCAGAUCUAUGGAAGAACUGUGCAAGUGCGAAGAGUCACUUGGAAUCAUGCUUGCAUCUUCUACAAUUAUCGGGCAACUUCUGUCUCAUCUCGAUGUCAAUGAUAUUCCAAAAGAACUUUCGAAGGACGUGUGCUUCUGGAUGAGCCGACAUCUUCGACACGAGAAAAUGGACACGGCAAUUGGAGAGCAAGCAUCUAAGAACAUUGUUUGUCUGGCGAAAGUGAUUGAUAUUGAAGACUAUAAAACUCUUGUUGGAUACAUUGCAGCGGCUUGUCGAUAUGAAAUCAAGCAUCACGUUAAACAAUCUUUAAAGAGAAUCAACUGUUUCAAAUUAGUUGCUGCAUUAUUCGUCACUGGAGACGACGAAAGGAAUAUUAUAGUUCUCGACGCAUUCAUGUCACUUCUUGUCAGAGAACUAAAAACUUCAAGUGACGAAGAACUUUCCAAACUAACCCAAGAAGUGUGCGGUCUUGUGAAGAAGAAGAUUGGAGAGGACGCCUACAGUAAUCGUGUCGCAACGUGCCAAAAAGUGGCUGCCGAGAAGAUUACUGACCGAAAAAGAAAGAUUCGGGAGCUGGCUGUAACUGCACCUGAAGAUGCUGCAGAAUUGAAGAGAAAGAAGAACAAGAAGAAAACUGAGGUUCGGAAGAGAAAGAUCGAUGAGAUUAAACCAUACAGAGCGAUGAAGCGUCGAGCUGAAGAAAAGAGAAAAGCUCAAGAGAAUGAGGAGGAUUAGAAUUUUAUGCCUAGAUUUUGAUAUUUUUUUUGUUUUUUUUUGUUGUUGUUUCAAAAUUUGAAUUGUUUCUUUUCGUUGAUGGGUACAUUUUUUUUGUUGUCUGUUAUUCCUUACAUUUUUAUUUCUUUUUAAACAUUGUUGUCUCAAUUGUUAAAAUUUAUGAUCACACGAAAAUGAAUAAAACAAACAUAUUACAAUUAUUAUAGAAAUAUAAAGUUAGUAUUUUGCGUCCAUUUCGAUCAAAAGACUAUU